CGCCUCCAACGCGCGCCGUCGCAUCGCCCUCAAGAAGCCUCCACCAAACUCCCCAGCUCUCGUCUCCGGCGGCGGAAGGUAAACAGCAGCAGCCAUGGUGAAGGGACGCACGGGACAGCGCGUCAGGCUCUACGUCAGGGGCACCAUCCUCGGAUUCAAGAGGUCGAAGUCGAACCAGUACGAGAGCACUUCGCUGGUGCAGAUCGAGGGGCUCAACACCAAGGAGGACGUGUCGUGGUACGCCGGCAAGCGCAUGGCGUACGUCUACAAGGCCAAGACCAAGAGCAGCGGCACCCACUACCGCUGCAUCUGGGGCAAGGUCACCCGCCCGCACGGCAACUCCGGUGUCGUCCGCGCCCAGUUCAAGUCCAACCUCCCGGCAGAGUCCAUGGGGCGCAAGGUUAGGGUGUUCAUGUACCCAAGCAGCAUCUAAGGUUUUAUUGAACUAGGGCCAGUAAUGCUUAUUUCUUACUUUUGCCGUGAGCCCAAAAUGUGAUGAAUCUAUGCUAUGUUGGCAAUUGAAACUGUUCGCCAUGUAUUCAGGGACCCUGUUGAAGUUUUGGUUAGACUCGUUGUGAAAUGUGCGGACCAUUUUAGUAUUGUUAUAUCAGCACUGAAGCGUAAUUUGCCAUCACUUUA